AGUGUCACUGACCGCCACAUGGUUUUGUUGUAACACCAUGAAUGCACCGGGCCGUCAGUUGUAUCGUGAAGUCACUUUGCCAUCCUCACGCCAGUUCACGGCUUGAUAUAUGAUGCCAAAUCCCUCAAGAGGCAAGGUUAGAAUUGCUGGUCAAGCUCAGCAGAUCUACUGCCUUGUCCUCGGCCUUUCUUCAACGCCUUGCUGUGCCGAUUCGGGACCUCUUCAGCGCCAUGUUCAACCCUCUUAGCGGACUCCUAUGGAGUUUGCUCCUGACUGGUCUUGCCCACGGUAGUCCCUUAGCAGAAUCCCAACCGCAGGUCCUAGAAGCCCGGCAAUCGUGCAAUACCGCAUCCAACAGGCAGUGCUGGACAAGCUCCUUUGACAUCAACACGGACUAUGAAGCACAUGUGCCCGAGACCGGUGUUACCAGACAAUACACCUUGACCUUGACCGAACAAAGCACUUGGAGAGGGGGUGAUGGGCGGUUGAAGUACAGUGCGAUGCUUGUCAAUGGCCAGUUUCCAGGCCCAACCAUCAGCGCAAACUGGGGCGAUAGACUCCAGAUUACCGUCAUAAACAACAUGAGAUCCAACGGUACCUCGAUACACUAUCACGGCCUUCGUAUGCUCAACGCCAACACCCAGGACGGAGUCAACGGGGUCACCGAAUGCCCCAUCCCUCCUGGAAGUAGAAAGACCUACACAUUCCUCGCCAACCAAUACGGCACAGCAUGGUACCACUCUCACUUCCCGCUGCAGUACGGAAACGGUGUUCUCGGACCCGUCGUCAUCAAGGGUCCCGCAUCCGCCGACUACGACACCGAUCUUGGACCACUCGUCCUCUCUGACUGGUACUACGGUUCCGUUUUCGAAAUUGCCCACCGAGUCAACAACCCCAACAACCCAUUCAUUCCCAACUUUCCCGGCUCCCCUCCUGCCAGCGACAACGUCCUCUUCAACGGCCGCAACAUCAACCCCGAUGGCUCCGGCGGCAGCUACACCCGCAAGACCCUCACCAAGGGCAAGAAGCACCUCCUUCGCCUCAUCAAUACCUCGCUUCAAAACGCCUUCACCGUCAGUCUCGUCGGACACACCUUCCAAGUCGUCGCCACCGACAUGGUCCCCAUCAAGCCCAUCACUCGCGACUAUCUCUUCCUCGGCAUCGGCCAGCGCUACGACGUCAUCAUCAAUGCCAACCAGCCGACCGCCAACUACUGGUUCAACGUGACCUUCUCUGCCCUACCCUGCGGCCAAUCCGACAACCCCUACCCAGCCGCCAUCUUCUCCUACUCCGGCGCCUCCUCCACCUCCCUGCCCACCCAACGCGGUACCACCCCUCCCGACUCCCGCUGCGCCGCGCCCGAGCGGGAUUACUCACCCAUCGUCUCCCGCUCCGCAGACGUCAACUCCUUCGCCCCCACCACUUCCCACACCUUGAACGUCGAUUUGACGGUAGACAACUCCCAAGCCCGCGUCUUCUGGCCCGUCAACAACUCCCCGCUGCGUGUGAACUGGCAGGAACCCACCCUCCGCUACGUAGCAAACAACACCCUCUCCUCUGUCCCGCGCUCUCGCAACCUGAUUCAAAUCCCCGGGUCCAACACCCUCACUUACUUCCUCCUGCAAAAUAACUCGUCCAUCCCGCAUCCUAUCCACCUCCACGGCCACGACGUCAUGAUCCUCGGUAGUUCCCCGCCCCUGGCCAACCCGCUGGCGGAGACGCAGAUUAGGGAGUAUAACCCUAACACGGAUAAGUCCACUCUUAAGGGGAAUAAUCCCCCGAGGAGAGAUACGACGAUGCUACCGGCUUGGGGAUGGUUGCUGGUGGCCUGGAGGACGAAUAACCCGGGAGUGUGGCUGUUUCAUUGUCAUGUGGGUUGGCAUGUUAGUCAGGGGUUGGGGGUGCAGGUGUUGGAGAGGCUGGAUGCGCUUAGGGAUGGGGGUGGGGGGAGUUUGGGAACCGUGGAGGAUAAUUGUGGGAAUUGGGCGAGUUGGUACCCGGGGAGCACGUGGAAGCAGGAUGAUGCUGGGUUGUGAGUCAAGGGUUAGGGGGAGAACGGGGGAGGUGGUCGCUGGGGUUUGAUGGAUAUAAUGAGGACUUUGAAGGGUUGGAUAUCAUUCUUAGGGGUUUGGCUCACAUAGGAGUAUCGUUAAUGACCUGUUAUUGCCGAGUGUCUAGUGCGAGUUGAUGGUGAUUGAUGUCACAACCCUAACCCUGUCGUAGGGGAAGGGGCCGGCGACCACAGAGGUGAUGAUAUGAUAUCUUCCGAUAGGGGUCGGAGGCAGGCGGGG